AUGAAGGGUGUUUCUUCAAACUCGUUGCAACACAUCGCCCGCCGCCUACAAGGUGGCUUGGCUCUCGUAGGCAUGACUAUCCUUCUUGGUAUCGUGCGCAUUGCUGAGGAUGUAAUAACUUUCUUCGCGUCCCUGCUUGAAGACAAAACAUGGAAUGCUGGCCAUGUGGCGCGUAUGCGCUUCUUGUCAACAUUUAUAUCGCCGAUUUCCGCGGCUGGAAAGGAAGAGCAAGGUCGUAAGAAAAACAAGUCACGAGAAGCAUCUGUAUGUCCUUACCUUCCUGAUCACUUCCCCCUGGCCCACGAUUCUUCGGAGAGGCGAUUUUUGAUAGGCCUCGGUCCUGUGUUGUUAGUAAGAUGCGUCUUGAGGUUCAUGUCCUUUUUCCCUAGUUGGCAUGCAGAAGUUGUUUACCUGUGCUCGAGAUUAUGUCACGAACUUUCCUUUGUUUCGGAAUUGUCUCGCGUGUUUCUCCAACUUUGGGGAUACGUCGCAAUAAGGACUGCCCACUUUGAAUCAUUUUUCAAGUGGGCUGUGGAAAAGAAAGGCGUGCGACAAGUUCUUAUAAUCGGAGCCGGCUUCGAUACUCGUGCAUAUCGGUUCGCCGAACUCAUAAAACACAAAGAUGUUUGCGUUAUUGAAAUGGAUCUGCAUCAUGUCCAGCAGCAAAAGUGUAGACACCUUCUAAGUUCUCUCACGGGGGAAGACCUGCUCAACGGCUACAGAACGCUCCGAUUCAUUCCAUGCGACUUACAGCACGACCGUUUUGAAGAGAAACUGCGACGGGGAAUUCGACAUGAUGUCAAUACGGCAGUAAUUUUGGAAGGGGUUAGUCCGUAUGUACCAAUAGAAGAGUUGAGCCAUAUGCUGGACGAUAUACGUGAAUUUUUUCUUAGUGGUUCCGGAGAAGGGAACAAGGGGAAAGCAGGGGCCGAGGUGCACCUUCUUCUGGAUUACCUGAUCGACGAUGUUUCGAGCGAUGACGACGAAGAAGAGACAGGCACCAGCGAGAAGAAGUCCCAGGACGAAAGGCGAGAAGCAGGGGCACGAUGGGGAGGCGCGCAGUGGCGGCGGGGGCCCCUGAAGCGAAUGCGUCAUCUGAUAACACAUGCACCAGAGAAGUGGAGUUUCUUGCCAGCCGACGUGGCGAAGUGGGCAGAUGCUUCCGGCUGGAAAGAAGUUUGCAGGACGAAUGGCGCCGCUGCCAGAGCAGGCCUCGCUGACCACCGCUACAGCCGCAUUUUUGAAUCUGUCAGCGAGCUGCCCAUGUGCAUAUCUCUUAUGCAACUAAAAAGAGACUGA